CUGGGCAAGCGGCAACGCAAGAUUGAUCCAUGGAAAUACGAAGAUCAAAUGGGUUUUUUACGUCCAUACAUGGAAAUGAGGAACACUAAGACUAAUUUUGGAAAAACUGGACUUGAUGAAACAGACAUGUUUUUCUUAAGUAUGAGCAAAGCAGUCAAAGCGCUACCGAAAUUAGACCAAACAAAAAUUAAAUUAGAUUUACAUAUGGCUAUUUCUCAGGCUGAAAUUCGUAACAUUAAAAUGGAACGUUUAGUAAAGACACCGCUUAGAAUAGUUUCUCAAACGGUAAUUCCGCCAAGUAACCGACCUCUCCCAGAGCCAUCCAGAGUCUACUACUAUCAUAAUGCACCUACAGAAAUAAAUGAGUUUUCACCUGAUCCACCAGUCCAUUCUCGAUCCUGA